GAGCAGACUAGGGAGUGCGAAAUCUCUAGCCUUAUUUUCCAAGUUCCCCCAUGCCAUCUAUGCCAUGCCAUGCCAUGCCAUGUACAAGACUACCAGGUAGAGAGAGAGGUAUUGAUAAUAUGUGCCUUGGUCCUACACGACAACCCUGGGAAAAUAAUUAUACAACCCAUCUACAGAAAUUGUUUACAUGAAAUUUAAUCCUUUCUUUUGGCUUCGUUUUGCUCUUCUUCUAACCUUUCUUUCAUAAGAUUACGAGACACAGUAUAACAAAUCUAGUCCUCGAAUUUGCGACAAUCGCCCGGCGCCUAUACCCGUCAUACCUUGGUUGGCUAUCUUUGCGAAGUCUACAUUCCAAACAAAGGCCAGCGUUGCGAUUUUCCAAUAUCCUUUGGACUCGCUCAAAUUGAUCUAAACAUGCGCAGGCGACCAUGAGCCAGCGUCCCCAAAGCUCUUCCACAAGAUCAAAUACAAGCUUUUUAGACCCAAGUCGUGCUGUGCAGGCCUCACCUCGAAACAAACCUUCGAGCAACGAGCUUACAAUCCCUGAAAGCAAUUUACUUCUCAACAACGUUCCGACUUACGCGGUGAGUAGCUCUGCAAGUCUACUUAUUCCUACCGCCUACGGAACAGGUUCAUCUUAUCCUACAAUUGUUGCGUCGAGCUCCCCAUCGCGACCCAGAGCUCAUUCUGCGGCGACCAACCCGCAACCCCCUUCUCUGUAUUCGCCCGCUACCCAUUCUCGUCAUUCUACACGGUCUGGUUCGGAUAUCUCAAUGUCGUAUCAACCGGGAAGAUAUCAGUCGGCCGGCGACCAAAGGCAAUAUGGGCUCCCUCCACCACCUCCCAUGUCCCCGCCAUCUCAACCGCAUAUGAACCAGCUGAACUUGAACAAUAUACCUCCACCACCGCCUCGAAAUAACAUACCUCCACCUCCACCCAUAGUUUCGAAUAACUGGCAACAGCCACAGCAAACUUGGCUGGUCAAUAAUAAUAGACCAUUUCCUGGGCCACCGGCUAAUCCUCCAAACACAAGCCAAUACCACGCCUACAAUCCUGGCCAGCACCACCAGCCUGCGCCUUUAUCGAUAGGUCAGUCUCAAUCGAAUAGUGAGCAAAUGUCAGCAACAUAUAUACCGCGCGGAGAAUCAUUUGGACCCGGUGUUGGGAUACCUGGCUUAGGAUGGAGCAGUCAAGAGAACUAUAGGGAUAGUGCGGACUUUUCUGCCGUGUCGGACAGCUCAAGGGGAACACCAUUAGAUGAGAGCAAUUAUUACAAGGAUCGAUCAUAUCCAUCGCAGACACCUCAACGGUUCAAUAACAUUCACCUCCCGGAGUAUGAUUCCCCAGGCCCCCCUACAGCAACUAUAGCGAAUCCACAAUUGUCCUCGGCCACCAAUAGAGGCUUGACAGCAACGUCAAACAAUUCACAUCUACAUGCGUCCGGUAAUAAUUCGAACACGCCAAUCUCACCGAACGACGCGGGUUCUCAAUGGUCCAUGAAUCGCGUUUUGUUAUGGCUGGCUAAUAAUCACUUUUCUAAUGAUUGGCAGGAAACUUUUAAAGCAUUGAAUAUAUAUGGCUCUGUAUUCCUCGAACUUGGCAGUGUUCAUGGUGGUAGAGGUAACUUUGGAAUGAUGCAUCAGCAAGUAUAUCCACGGCUAGCAAAAGAGUGCUCCAGUAGUGGAACUGGCUGGGAUCAAGCUAGGGAGCGUGAAGAAGGAAAAAGGAUGCGACGUCUGAUCAAGGCUAUUGUGACUGGGAAAAGUCUAGAAGGCACCAAGUCGUCACAAAUUCGGCGGCAAUCAUCCGCAGCUAAUCUUAUUCUUGCAAGGCCCAGUACAGAGAGCAGUCUGGAUAAUUUGUCUUAUCAUGGCCGUGGAAAUGGAGCUUCUAUAUCUACACCAAACACAGCCAAUGACGAUGAUAAUAGUCCUGGGAAACAAAUGUCUACAAGCUCUGGUCAAGUUGUAGGAACGAGAAGACAUUCGGGAAGAAGUACUACUAUGCCUAUUUUGAGCAAUAUCAAUACUGCAGAAGACAGCGAUUUUAAUAAUAGCCGAAGUGCUCAUCGAAAUGUUCUAAAAAAUAUUGAUAGUGAUGGCGCCCGGCGUCAUAGUCCAAGCGCUAGUAAUGAACUCAACGAAGGAAGUUUCAAGCCACAACCUCUGCGCCUGGAUGGGAGUCCGAAGAGCGGUAGCCCUGCUGGGACAUUUGCAACGCUUCACACACCGGUAGGGCAAAAUCUAUCAGCUUCGCCUCGUAGUGCUGUAUUUGGCCAUCGAUCAAGCAAUAGCACCGAUUCUAUAUCUUCUAGCCAGGCGAUUUACGGAUCCGGAGUGCCGCCGGGUGCUAGCCAAGCACUCAGAGGUGGAAUGGGAGGGGCUGUAGGUGAAGUCAGCCUUGUAAGAAACCAAGAUACUCGAAGACAUGGUGUUGACGUAUCACGCCCUUCUCCCUUGGAUGGUGAGCGUUCCGCAAGCUCAGAACAACCCACAUCCGCAAGAGAAUCGAAAGGGUUUCUCAGUCAUUUUAAAGGGAAAAAGCGACGAGGAAAAGAAGAUGGCCUAGCCCCAUCGCCCGACGACCAGAAUCUUGAUUCCCCUACUAGCCCAUCCCUUGGAUUUAAAGCUGCACCUUUCUUGGGCAAUGGCAGGAUUAGCAACUCUAGCGAAACUUCAUUGGACCGACCUUUGUCCACAUUUUCCGCGUCAGAAUAUGAUAAAUUCGCUCAUGGAAAGGGAUAUCGCGGGGUGCGAUCUACGGGGAGGAAUUUUGUCUUGGCUACUACGGACGGGUGGAAUUUUCGUCUCUGUGAUGUCACUGAAAUUGAUAAUGCGCAAGAUCUUAAGGCUACGAUAUGUUCUAAUUUAGGCGUUCUUGACUCAGACUUCACCCAUUUUUAUCUUACAGAGUUAGGGAAAAUGGAGCACGAAGAAGCAUUAGAUGAUAAUAAACUUCUCUUUUGCAAAAGGCACAAAGCCGAUCAGUCUGGUAACCUCAAAUUUUUUGUUAGAGGAGCAACAAACUCUGCAAUAUCACUGCCUGCCUCGCAAUCCGCAGGUCACGGCAUGAACUUUACGACAAAACUAAGUGGACUUUCUCCUAUUUUACCCCCAACUGCGCCUCUCGAUGAAGAGGCUUAUGCCCUUUUAAAUGGAAACAGAAGACGAUCCAGCUCAUCGCCGCCCACAUCACGCCAAAAUACGGUCAAGGGGGGUACUGCACCACACAAAGACAAGCCUGCACCCACAACUGAAACACCAGACGCACUACGUGAGCGCCUAAUGGCGUAUAGAGCAUCACACUUGGGGGAGAGAGAAAUACCAGAAGCGGAUAGACAAGCGUUUAUAGCAAUGGCAUCAGCAGAACACAAAGCUGAGAUGGACCGAAGACAGAAAGAGUAUCUGGCGAAAAAGAAAGCAAAUAAAGGUACACCAACUUCCGCGGAUGGUGCUUUGGGUAUUGUUGGUCGCAAUGUUGAUUUCGACCAACCGAGACUCUCGCCUUUUGAAGAUAAGAAGCCGGAUAAUCUCUUUCCUCAAAGGAAAGCCCCACCAAUCCCUGGAGAGUCAGCUACUUUGAUCAAAGCCAAUUCCUUGAGCAAAAAAUCUGGUAACCAAGCUCGUCUAUCAUAUGAAAGCGUUGAAAGCGAAAGUAAACGUUCAUCUGGAGGUGACUCAAGCGAAGGCUCUAACACUAAACGGAAGCCAGUUCCGGCCUCACCUGUUAAUCCGGGGGGUAUUGGCGCUGCUCUGUUCGUUAUGGGAAAAGGCUUUUCAUCAUUAGGAUACCCAACGAGUGCUGUGUCACCGGCCAAAAAAUCGCCUCCGAUCAAUACCUCUGAAAAUUAUGGCAAAAAUGCCAUGUCGACAGUUGAUCACGGAACCACUGGAUCUGGCAGAAGCAGUCCCAAAUCUAGUGGUACACCGGGUAGUGUUACUUGGGGCAGAGGUGAUACAUCAUUCAUUAUCCCCGAUUAUGCUGGUGAAGAAGAAAGCUUAUCGGCGAGCAUCGCUAUGUCUUUGAAAGAUUCUAGUAACGCUGCGAUAGCCAGAAUGAAAGAAGAAGAAAUCCUAAGAGGGCCUUCCCCUCGUGCCAUUAGUCCGAAUAGUGCUCAAAUGUCGGAGCUUACCACGCCUGGAAAUCGAAAAUCUUACGGUCCUAACCUUGAUUUCACCGAAGCAAGCGUGGUGUUCGAUAAACCCCCCCAGCAAGUAGAGCAAGAGGAUUCUGACUCAGAUUCCGACUCCGGUCUUUUUAGUAUACCUAUACAAAAGACGCAGAAAGCUAAGGAGGGUGCUAGUGGAGAUGACUCUUCUGGCAUUUCCAAGCGACCAAGUUUGACUGUCAAAACCUCAAGGGCCAAAAAGGGCCUUUCCGUAUCGUGGGGCUCACCUCAACAGGACAGCUCAUCCUCAUCCAGUCUUCCAAAACCCCCUGAUUUUGAAAAUCAGCGUAGAGAUGAAAAUGAGCGGACCAUUGAAGAAACUGAAGAAGAAAAACAAGCAAAAGUACUCCGGAGACGAUCUUUUGCUCGAACCGAUACCUGGGCUCCCAGACCUCCUGAAGAGAACAUUCUCCUCAACCUAGAAGACUUCUUUCCCAAUCUCAAUGUAGAUGAGCCAGUAAUGGACGAAGGUGUUGGUGGGUCCCCACCAGUUUCUCCUAUUGCAGAACAAGACACAGUAGAUUCAGCUGCAACUACGACACCUUCCAUGUCUUCGCUAUCAGUUACCGGAUCUUCCAUGCUUUCUACGCCUAGAACGAGCAUGUAUGGCGAUGGAGAUACGCUCGGAUCAGACGAAUCGACUCUAAAAGCACUCGAAAGACCAGGCUCCAUGCAGAGUGUUGCGCAACGCAAUAUUCGUCGCUCUGGCGGCUUGGGCCGAAUGAAGUCGAUUCGUGAAGUGGCCAGAGGAGCCCACGAAGCAAAUAAGCGUUAUACUUCAGCAACUGUUGCUCCACAGAAGGGCGACAAGACUUCAAGCAUGAUCCAGCGUCGGAAAAGUACCAAGAUGUUUGGUGCUAAUAUUGUUCAGAUUAAACCUCAGCGUGGUAGCCUACUGAUUCCUCAGGUCCCACAAGACACAAUACCUAAACGACAAGCCACUUUCAGGUGGUUUAAAGGUCAACUAAUUGGAAAGGGUACUUACGGACGUGUUUACCUGGGUAUGAAUGCUACAACUGGAGAGUUUUUGGCCGUGAAACAGGUUGAAGUCAACUCUAAAGCAGCUGGAAAUGACAAGGAAAAAAUUCGUGAGAUGGUAGCAGCACUAGACCAAGAGAUUGAUACCAUGCAACAUCUUGAUCAUGCGAAUAUUGUUCAAUAUCUUGGUUGCGAAAGAGGCGAGAUGUCUAUUAGUAUCUUUUUGGAAUAUAUUUCUGGUGGUAGUGUAGGAGGUUGUCUUCGAAAGCACGGCAGAUUUGAAGAGACAGUCGUCAGCUCGCUAACUCGCCAAACUCUCGAUGGGUUAGCAUAUCUUCACCGAGAAGGUAUUCUUCAUCGUGAUCUUAAAGCCGAUAACAUCCUACUCGAUGUUGAUGGAACGUGCAAGAUUUCUGAUUUUGGUAUCUCAAAGAAAUCGGACAAUAUCUAUGGCAACGAUGCAUCCAACAAUAUGCAGGGAUCCGUGUUUUGGAUGGCCCCUGAGGUCGUUCGGUCACAAGGUGAGGGUUAUUCGGCGAAGGUGGACAUUUGGUCACUUGGCUGCGUUGUCCUAGAAAUGUUGGGUGGUAAACGACCUUGGGCCAAAGAGGAAACUGUAGGCGCUAUUUACAAACUGGGAAGUUUGAGUGAGGCACCGCCAAUUCCAGAUGAUGUUGCCCAAGCCAUUAGCCCUGGAACUUUAGGUUUCAUGAUGGACUGUUGGACUAUUAUUCCAAGCGAACGACCAACAGCCGAAACUCUCCUUACCCAACAUCCUUUCUGUGAAUUGGAUACUCACUACAACUUUCUGGACACAGAACUUUAUGCUAAGAUUCGCGGCACAUAUUAAUUGGACACGCGGCUUUUCCGCAAGACCUGAAUUUUCACAAACUACCUUCCAAGACAUUCAUCACCUUCAGGAUUUCAGUUAAUAUUAAUUAGGCUGAAGCA